UUAUAAAUACAAGAACAUUUCGGACUUGAUUCUCACAAGCUCCACUUUCAUUUUUUAUCAUCAAAACUAUUAAUUCUACCUCUAUCAAAUUUUCAUUUCCUCGCAAAUGGAUGUUAUUGAAGCCUCAAAGCCCUCUACAAACAUUGCUAUGAGCCCUGAACAAGAACAACAACAAAAUGCUUCAAUGCCACCGAUCAAAUACGGCGAUUUUAUCGCAACCCUACCGGUCCGAAAUGAUUGGAAAUUCAUGCCUCUUCACCUGUACCAAGGUGCAUGGUACUUCACUCUUUACUUAGAUGCUGUUUUAGAAGCUCAGGAGAAGUUUCAAGCUCAACCUAACGACGUUGUUGUUUGUACUUACCCGAAAACCGGCACUACUUGGGUUAAGGCUUUAGUUUAUGCCCUAACUACGCGCUCUCGCUAUCCCAUUUCGGAGAGUCCUUUGUUGACAUCUACACCGCAUGAUUUGGUUCCAUUUUUGGAAGUCGAAUCGGCUCAAAACGAAACCUAUACUCGUGAUCCCGAAAACCCACUUAUCGCAACGCAUAUCCCUUAUCAAUCCCUGCCGACUUCUAUAGUCACAAUGGGAUGUAAGAUUGUGUAUCUUUGCAGGGAUCCGAAGGACGUGUUAGUAUCAAUGUGGCAUUUCUUUCGGAAAAGAUUGCCCGAAGGAAUCGACAAAGAUGCAUUUCUCAGCAUGGAAGAUUCGUUCAAUUCGUUUUGCGAAGGAGCUGCCUUCAAUGGACCGUAUUGGGAUCAUGUUGCUGGAUACUGGAAGGCUAGUCAGGAAAAUCCUGACAAGGUUUUGUUCAUUAAAUAUGAAGAUUUGAAGGAGAACAUUGUUCCCAAUGUUACAAAGCUGGCCGAGUUUCUUGGCUGCCCUUUUACUUCCGAAGAGGAAGAACAAGGCGUAGUUCGACAAAUCAUUGAUUUAUGCAGUUUCGAAAGUUUGAGCCAAUUGAAGGUGACCGAAGAAGGCGCUUACAGUUCGAAUUCACCUUAUGUUAUCAAGAACAGUUUGUUCUAUCGGAAGGGUGAAAAAGGAGAUUGGAAAAACUAUUUCACUGAAGAAAUGGGCGCUCGUUUGGAUCAGAUUGUUGAUGAGAAACUGAGUGGAUCUGGCUUUUCAUUUCUUUCUUCACAAUAACUCAGUGCAUGGAUUUUACUUUUAAAUUCUUAAAUGUUCUCCUGCAGAAUAAAAAUGGAUUUGAAUAAGCUAUUGCACCAGCUUGCAUGACUUAUUAUGUAAUAUCCAUUAGUAAUAUGAUCAUAUUUUUUUUU